GUUUCGCUCUGUCAAAACAAACAUGGCCGCUUCCAGCCGACGUCAAUAAAUAUUAUUCUACAAGUAAAUUAAGAACCCAUCAUCAGUGGUUAAUAAAAAAUCCCCUGAACUAUUUUAUCAAGGUUUUAUUUUUGACGGAACAAUGACAUCUCAAACAGCAGACAAUACAGAUGGUUUGAAUAAUGAAAAAAGUUCGGUAAAAGUUCUUGAAAAACAGACGCAAAAGAGGAUUUUUAAAAUAAUUGUUAUAGGAGACUCCAAUGUUGGAAAGACAUGUCUCACAUUUAGGUUUUGUUGUGGAAAGUUUCCCGACAAGACUGAGGCAACCAUAGGGGUUGAUUUCCGAGAGAGGCUUGUCGAUGUGGACUCUGAACAACUCAAGCUUCAGUUGUGGGACACGGCGGGCCAGGAACGUUUUAGGAAGAGCAUGGUCCAACACUACUACCGCAAUGUACAUGCUGUUGUCUUUGUGUAUGAUGUCACAAAAAUCUCUUCAUUCGAAAGCAUGCCGGGAUGGAUUGAGGAGUGUGAUCGACACAAUCUCAACAAAGAGAUUCCAAGAAUAUUUGUUGGUAACAAAUGUGAUAUGACUGAAAAAGUUGCAGUUAACACCAAUUUGGCACAGAAAUUUGCUGAUUCCCACAACAUGCCAUUGUUUGAAACAUCUGCAAAAGAUGACAACAAAGCAAAUCAUGUUGAAGCAAUCUUUAUGACAUUAGCCCACAAAUUGAAGAAUUCAAAACCUAUGAUGCCAGCAUACAUGUACACUGGGUACUCGAGGAGUAAUGAUGUUGUGAAUAUUCAUGAUUCUCCAGAGCGGCGCGGCCUACAGAGAGCUGGCUCAGCCUCAGGGGAUGAUGAAAAAGAAGGUUGUGGAUGCUGAUUGCACAUACAUGGCUACAGUAUUGAACGUCAAUAAAUUCUCUGUAAUUUAUCUGAAAAAUGCUUUUGAUUUUGAGUGCUUUGCUAAAAAACAUAUGGUAGACUCAAAUUAUACCGUUUAGUUGUGCUGAGAGCAGUAAAUGUGCAAUUAUGUUUAGUUUAAUACUAGAGCAACAUAGGUUUCUUUUUUUAUUUUAUUCACAUGUAUUGCUUGUAAUUAUGGGGCUUAAUGUAACAUGUCAUUGGUUUAUGUGUAGUCACUGUUUUGUUUGACAAAAAAUGGGGAAAAAAUAAUGUACAGUUUUAAAGAUGAUAUAUUUAUUACUUGUAUUGACUAUUAAAACACUGACAGCUGAUUUAAUACUACAAAGUCCAUGGUGUGUGUGUGUUUAAAGGCAGUCAACCUCAUUUAAAAAAAAUCUCAAAAAAGUUACUAUGAAUUUGUAUCAUAAAAAAAUAAAAUAAUAAAAGACAAAAUCAGGCCAUUUCUACCCAUAACAUUCAAAGAAUGGAGGCAAAGAUCUAAAUGAUAUAAUUAUAAUAAUAAGUAUGUUUUGUAUCAGUGCAUUCUGUGUAUGCGGGAAUUCUGAACAGGGUUAAACUUUUUAUAAUGUUUAUAGUUUUUGUCAAGUUGUAGGUAUUUUGUGUUUUAAAUGGUUUAUAGAUGCAUUUGAGCUUGGCUGCCUUUAAAACAAAGUUUAUAAUUUAAUACAUGAAUUAUGUGUAGAAGUGAUUAUAAUUGAACCAAAAGUAAUUAAAAACUUAUUCACUAAUUAAUUCUGGAGUAAAGUGUAAGUGAUCCGAUUUUUACAGCUAAUUGGAUUAAUACCUACAUACAUUUAUAUAUAUAUAUAUAUAUAUAUAUAUAUAUAUAUAUAUAUAUAUAUAUAUAUAUAUAUAUAUAUUCAUUUUUGCAAGGCAAAUUCCAUGUAUGUAUGCAAGUAAGCAGAUGAUAUAAUCAUUGAUAUUGCAUUUUUAAGGGCUUAAGGUAAAACAUACACAAGAUAAAAUCAUACGCUCGCCCUAUAUAGUUCUAUCGCAUGUAUUUUUAUAUCAGUGGUCGAAAUUAACACAAGCCCGCAAGCCCUGCACUGCUAAAAUGUCUUCCGGGCUUGCUCAAAUUCUGAAUUUUAUAUAGCAGUGCUUGUUCAAAAUUUGAUGCCAAGCAAUAGUAUAUGAAUUGGGGCUUGUUCAUCCAAAAGUCUAAUUUCAAUGAUUGUUAUAUAGGUAUAAUUUUCUUAAUAAUUGACUCAAACCGCAGAAAAAUUGUUGGUACGGUAAAAUGUUGAAAAAUAUGUUUUAUGACAAAUGUGACUAAAAUUACAAUUUCUGUAGAACUAAAAAAGUAAUACUUGGUAUGUCAAAAUAUUAUAAAUGGAAGUUAACAAAUAAGCUAUUUCUGUGAGCUAGUUACAGUUGACAUUCAGUUUGAUCCAAGCAAAAAAAAAAAUUUCCUUUGAAGCAUUUCAUUUAGUUUACACUAUAUGAAUGUAGAGAAUUAUAUCAUUUAAUUCUGAGUGACCAAUGCAGCAGUAAGCACUACCUGGUAUCAUUGGGAGCAGGUGCUAGAUAUUCUGCAAAUGGUUAGAUAUUCUGCAAAUGGUCGCUACUGCAUCAUGUUCAUACAACGUUGUUGCCCAGUGAUUGACGCAGGCAGAGGGAGUCACACCCAAUACUAACAUAACAGUUCAUUGUUCAUUGUAAAGAAGUGCUAACAAUUUGAAUUUAUAUUCUGUUAUUAUUUAUUUAUUUUUAAGUUGAUAUUAUACUACAGGAAAUAAAGUGUAUUAAAUAUAUAUCCUUAUCCUUAUGUGCGUUUUUUGGAAAUCAAUCCCAAAUGAUGUGUUAGAACUUUGGGUGUGUGAACAUAGUAAUAUGAAUAGUUUUUUACCAUUUUUUGGUAUUGUAACCAUUUGUUUGCAAUAUUAUACUUCUAAAUGUUAGAUUCAGUCGGUUACAUAUCACUAAAAACCAGAUCCUUUGAUAUAGUUUUCAAACCAUGAAUUGUUUAAAUUAAUGUUGUGAGCAUGGGACCAUGUGAUACUGCUAUAGAUUGUAGUAGUAUUGCUUAUAUUGCCGUAAUUAUUUCCUUUCCUUUGUUCAUAUUAAGAAAUGAAUUACAGGCAGAAAGUAUGAGGGAUUGUGCAAUUCUACCUUGUGAUGGCUUGGUCUAUAAAAAUAGGAUGCAUUUAGUUCUUGCUAUUCAUCUCAUUGUGUAAUGUAUAACAAUUAAAUGUUUUUUUGUAAUCUGGAAGUUCAUCUUAUUCUAAAUAAAUGUACAUUGAAGGUUUAGAACAUUUGUAUGGGGCAGGAGUUAUAUACUGUUUAAUUAAUUCAUAAUUAAAAAGUAUUUCUUAUGCCAUAAUUAGUUUCUUAUGCCAUAAUUAGUUAUUUAAAGUAGGCAUUUAAUUUGCACAGGAUUUACACGAGGUUAGAUACGGAGUAUAUUGUUGGAGUGUUUGUUUUUGUUUUCAACUCGGGCCGUUUCAUUUUUCACCAGAUAUUGAACCUGAUGUAGAGUAAAAUACCAAUUUAAUAUAACCUUUAUUUUAAAUAAAACCAGACAAAAAACAAGUGACAACUAAUGUAGGCAGUCGGUCUCAUUUUGCACAAGGUAAAAAAAAUGUCUUGAACAUGACGCUUUUCUUUGCAAUCAUGUGUGAAUAACUGCAAAACCUAUUCCUUGUUUUUGUUUAUCUAUUGUAAGCGGACUCACUUCGGCAGUUAUUAAUUUCCAACCAUUUUUAGUUCAACUAUUCGAAGAAUAAGGAGAGCUAUACUACUCACCCUGGCGUUGGCGUCACACCUUGGUUAAGGUUUUGCAUGUAAGCACCUUUAAGUCAUUAUCUCAGUAAAUACAUCAGUUAUUGCAUUGAAACUUUGGAUAUGUAUUCCCAACUAUCAUACAUACUAAAUUAAUGAAGUUAGAUAACAAAUAUUUGAAUAUAAUGCAAAUAAUAGGCCUUUAUUAUUCGACUUAGAAAUUCUGGUUAAGGUUUUGCGUGUAACCACACAUAGGUUAAUAUCUCAGCAACUACUUGAGGUAUUGCAUUGAUACUUUAUACAAUGGUACUCAACCAUCCAACCUACUAAAUUAACCAAGUUAGAUAACUCUAGUUUGCAUUUAUGCAAAUAAUUGCCCUUCAUUAUUUGACUUAGAAAUUCUGGUUAAGGUUUUGCGUGUAACCACACAUAGGUUAAUAUCUCAGCAACUACUUGAGGUAUUGCAUUGAGACUUUAUACAAUGGUAGUCAACCAUCCAACCUACUUAAUUAACCAAGUUAGAUAACUCUACUUUGCAUUUAAUGCAAAAUAAUUGCCCUUUAUUAUUCGACUUAGAAAUUCUGGUUAAGGUUUUGAAUGUAACCACAUUUAAGUCAAUAUCUCAGCAAAUAUAUCAUGUAUUGCAUUGAAACAUUAGAUAUGUAUUCCCAGAGAACACUUUUUUGAAUAUAAUGCAAAUUAUGGGCCUUUAUUAUUUGACUUAGACAUUCUGGUUAAGGUUUUGCAUGUAAGCACACAUAGGUUAAUAUCUCAGAAAUUACUUGAUGGAUUGCAUUGAGACUUUAUACAAUGGUACUCAACCAUCCAAUCUACUUAAAUAACCAAGUAAGAUAACUCUAGUUUGCAUUUAAUGCAAAAUAAUUGCCCUUUAUUAUUCGACUUAGAAAUUCUGGUUAAGGUUUUGAAUGUAACCACAUUUAAGUCAAUAUCUCAGCAAAUACAUCAUGUAUUGCAUUGAAACUUUACAAACAGGCUCCCAUCUAUUUAACCUUCUUAUUUAAUCAAGUAAGAUAACUCUAUCUUUUAUAAUAUAUAAUUUUUGCCCCUUUAUUAUGCGACUUAGAAAUUCUGGUUAAGGUCUUGCAUGUUAGCACACAUAGGAUAAUAUCUCAGCAACUAUUUGAUGUAUUGCAUUGAGACUUUAUACAAUGGUAUUCAACCACCCAACUUAAUUGAAUAACCAAGUUAGAUAACUGUAUUUUGCAAAUAAUGGCCCUUUAUUAUUAGACUAAGAAAUUCUCGUUAAAAUUUUGCAUGGAACCACAUUUAUGUUAAUAUCUCAGCACACCAUGUAUUGCAUUGAAAUCUAAUCUAACAGUGAUCCAUGCAUGUUUCGCCAAAACGUUUCAAUCCUUACAUUGAAAAGCGGAAUAGUCAAGCGUGCUGUCUCUGUGACAGCUCUUGUUAUAACAUGAAUUUGAUUGUUACAUGUGGUCAUUGAAUAAAAACCAUAUAUAUUAUA